AUGUUGCUUGCCACUGUUAGGCCCUCUUUAAUUGACACAUUGCAGAUGACUCUCCCAAAAUCAGGUAAUACUGACCUAUUGUUAAUUAGGUACCGGUUUAAUUACUCCAUCCAUCUGCAAAGAGCAAAAGCCCUAAAUCAACUUUUGAAAAUCCAUCCUCAUCCUCUUCGGAAAAUCAAUUCCACCUCUGCACGCCUCCGUAAUGUGAUUCUUCUUGGUGCGACAUUUCCCCCGAAGCUGUUUGCUACACUUGGAUUCCCAUUAAACGCUGUCUCCCCUUCAUUGUGGUCGACUCACCCUCUUGACUUCCGCUUCACGCCGACUCCAUGCCGUUCUGUUCCUCAAGAUGUAGAAAUUGCAACCAGCAUUUGGAUCGCCUUACAUGAUCCCAAAAAGUCGGUGGCUGAAGUGGCUGAGGAUUUAUGGGAUUGUUAUGACUGUGAAUUUGGGACCGAUUAUUCUGGACUUUUUAGAGCUCUUUCUCAUGUGAAUUAUAAUGUUCGUGUGGCUGCUUCUGAUGCAUUAGUUGCUGUAUUAGAUGAGUACCCAGAUACUUUACAGGAAUCUCUUGCGACUUUAUUCUCUCUUUAUAUCCGUGAUAGUGGUGUUGCUGAUGUACUUAGAACCAAAGACCUGCCGGUUGUUAUGACUUUUUUGAUAUCUCGAGCCUUGGCUGAUACCAAUGUUGAUGUUCGAGGAAGGAUGAUUAAUGCUGGUAUCAUGAUCAUUGACAAAUAUGAAAAAGAUAACGUCUCACUUUUAUUUCCUAUAUUUGAAAAUUACUUGAACAAAAUGGCCUCGGAUGAAGAGAAAUAUGAUUUGGUACGUGAGGGCGUGGUGAUAUUUACCGGAGCAUUAGCAAAACAUUUGUCGAAGGAUGAUCCUAAGGUCCAUACUGUUGUAGAGAAGUUGUUGGAGGUGAUUAACACCCCAUCAGAAGCUGUACAGAGGGCAGUCUCAAGCUGCCUGUCUCCAUUAAUGAAAUCGAAGCAAGAAGAUGCAUUGUCACUUGUUACUAGGCUGUUAGAUCAGCUUAUGAAGAGUGAGAAAUACGGAGAACGUCGUGGUGCAGCUUUUGGACUUGCUGGAGUCAUCAAAGGAUUGGGAAUAUCUUGA